GUGAUUUGGGGCUUAGUUUUUGAACCCAAAUCAAAGUAAAAAUCAUUUCCUAUUGGUUUUCCAAAUCUUACAUUUGAUGUGUUUAUUUUCCUGUUGCAGACACUGAGGUGAGCUGUGUUUUCAGUGAGAGCUGCAUGUUACCCUGUCAGUUCCCAUUUGGUUCUGAACCUCUCAUCCACUGGUUCUACGUGUCAGACGGAGAAUCUGUGGUUCACUCCUACUAUAAGGACCAAGACCAGCUGGGAUACCAGGUGGAGAACUUUAAGAACCGGACAUCCCUGUUUCAGGAUCAGAUCUCCAGAGGAAACGCCUCCCUGCUGCUGAGAGGAGUGAAGGUUCAGGAUGAGGGAAAAUACAAAUGCUACAUCAGCACCAUGAAAGGAUUUGAAGAAUCAUUUGUCAACGUAAAAACAGAAGCUCCGGUCUCUAAAGUCAUCAUAAAUCAGGAAAAAAACAGGAUCAUCUGCAGCUCAGAGGCGAUCUACCCUAAACCUAAACUCACCUGGUCCACAAACCCUCCAUCCAACACCGCUCUACAGAUAACACUUACUGUCCAGCAGACUGAAGAGAAGCUUUACAGCAUCAGCAGCUCUCUGGUGGUCUCAGACGAUGAUCCUUAUCCAACCUACUGCUCUCCUCAGGGGUGCGUUUUAUCUCCACUUCUCCACAUCCUCUACACUGACGACUGUCGUUCUGAAACUGACAAUCGUCACAUUGUCAAGUUUGCGGACGACACUAUCAUUGUGAGCCUGCUGGAGGACAACAAACAGCUGAUCAGACACAACAACAUGGCUGGGAUAUUGUACUUAAAAAGUUUGCUGUUUGUGACUUUUCUUCUGUCUGUUUCUGAAGCAGAUACUGAAGUGAGCUGUGUUCUCAGUGAGAGCUGCAUGCUACCCUGCCAGUUCCAGUCUGGUUCUGAACCUCUCAUCCACUGGUACCACGUGUCAGACGGAGACUCUCUGGUUCACUCCUACUAUAAGGACCAAGACCAGCUGCAGCACCAGGUGGAGAACUUUAAGAACCGGACAUCCCUGUUUCAGGAUCAGAUCUCCAGAGGAAACGCCUCCCUGCUGCUGAGAAGAGUGAAGGUUCAGGAUGAGGGAAAAUACAAAUGCUACACUAGCACCACAGGAGGAUAUGAACAAUCAUUUGUUAACGUAAAAAUAGAAGCUCCGGUCUCUAAAGUCAUCAUCAAUCAGGAAAAAAACAGGAUCAUCUGCAGAUCAGAGGGGAUCUACCCUAAACCUGAACUCACCUGGUCCACCGAGCAUCCAUCCAACACCACCGCUCUAAAUAUAACAACCAGCGUCCAGCAGACUGAAGAGAAGCUUUACAGCAUCAGCAGCUCUCUGGUUGUCUCAGACGAUGAUCCUUAUCUGACCUACAGCUGCACCGUCAGCACUCAGAGGAGCAAGAAGACAGCCGCUAUUAGAAAACCACGUGACCUAGAAACUUCACAUCAUGAUGAACCUGUUGCUGGGAAGGUGAUCGGUGGUCUGAUUGGAGCGGCUUUGGCAGCAGGAAUCAUCGCAGUGAUUAUCUAUGUAGUAAAGAACAGACUACGAAGGGGAAUAUAGACGUGCAAGCAACUAAAGGACUACAGAGCAAAGAACAGCCAAAAAAAGAACAAAUACCUUUAACAGUUUUAUCGAAAACACCUAAUGAAAGAUCUCAUCAAGAAGAACAGCAAGAAGAAAGACAUGAGGUAUAACAGGAAGCACAAGGAGGAACUGUAAAAAAGCAGGAAGAAGAACCUGAAAAUGACUGAAGCAACCAGAGAGGAGAUGAACAGAUACUCCUGGAAAACACAAGAGACAUACCAAGUGCUUCAGUUCUUCAUAAACAUCCAACCGGGGUAAUUCUUCAGAAAUGGGAAUAACAACAAAAACCCACUAAUAAAGAGAAAGGACCAGUAAUAUUAAACAAAACAUAGAAAUCCUAAAAUAGAGGGGUUUUAGAUGAAAAAAAUAUAAUGAAGGAAAUAUUGCUAAAUGUUGAAAUGUUUUUCUCUAUAGUGUUUGAAUUUCAUGUGGAAACUCUUUUUGCUCUAAAUGCUUCUUUUAACUUAUUUCCUGGACAUUUGUUGCAGCUAAACAUAAAAGCAGUAAUUAUUUUUACUGUUUCUUCAAUUUGGUUUUUAUUUUAUACAGGUUUUUAUUGACUUUUAUUGUUUGGUUUUUGUGGAUAGAGCUAGUUACAAUAAAAAAGUAUUGUAUAGUGUUAAUAUGGUAUUUAAUUGGUAAACAAAAGAUGUCAGAAAUGUUUUUACUUAUAUUCUGUAUUAGUUUUUUUAUUUAGACAAAAUGUAUACUUUAUAUUUUAUUUCCAGCAUUACUUCUGGAUGAAGGAAUGAAGAAGACAUGUAAAAAGUGCAAUAACCCUUUUAAGUACAGAAACUGUCGUGGUUUUACCGAUUGAUCCGACCUACAUGCAGAACACACUGGGGAGACCACACAGAGACCACACAAAGAAAGACAGUAGAGGUCAGAAGGGACAAAGAGGACCAGCUGGAUGGUUAAACGUAUUUCCAUUGUUCUCCUGUAGAUUUCUGUUAUGUCAAUUAAAAUGUAGAAAAAAUUCUCAGAUGCAGGCAGGAGGUACUUAAGGACCAGGGUUGGGAACCACUGCUGUAGAGUACAGAAGGUAGAAAGAAAACUUUAUUUGUCAUUGCAAUUGUAGAUUCCAACAAAAUGUGUUUUUGCAUUUAACUUGUACCCUUAGGGAGCAGUGUGCAGCUAUUAAAGUGUCUGGGGAGCAAUCUGGGGCUACGCGUCUUGAUCACUGACUAAAUCUGUGCCCGUAUUCACAAAGAUUCCUCAGACUAAAAGUAACUUUUAGUGAUGUCAUUUUAGGGAAAAUCGAGGAGUUUCCCGAAUUCUAUGAUUUUUCUUAGAAUUUUACCUCAGUAAGACAAAAGUUAUUCACAAAGACUCUCCGGCCUUCAGAGAGCUCCUGAAGUGACAAAAUGUUAGAAGUAGUGAGGAGG